CUCAACGCGUCUCCACGCUACCGAUAGCGGAAGGUUGUGUUGAGUUUCUGAGCUUCGAUCUCACGCGGCCUCGUCGCGAUUAUUGAUUUUACACAUGUUUAUUCGGAUCCAGGAGGAUAUAUUCAAAGAUAUAUUGAGUUAAUAUCGCCCAUGGACAUGGAUGCGGUGAAUGCCUUUAACGGGGAGAUGUCGUCCAUGAUGGACAUGACUCCCCCGAUCUCUCGAGCCAAAAUGAUGUCUAUAACCAAAGCAGGAAUCAAAGCUAUCAAACUUUACAAGCACGUUGUUCAAAUCGUGGAGAAGUUCAUCAAGAGGUGUAAACCAGAUCUAAAGGUCCCUGGUCUCUAUGUGGUGGACUCAAUUAUCCGACAGUCACGCCAUCAGUUUGGCGCAGACAAAGAUUUGUUUGGUCCGAGGUUUUUGAAAAACUUCACCGUAACAUUUCAGAAUCUUUUCCAGUGCCCAGCUGAUGACAAGGGGAAGAUCUUGCGCGUGUUAACUCUGUGGCAGAAGAAUGAGGUGUUUGGCAUGGACGUCAUCCAGCCGCUGUUAGACAUGGCCACAGCUCCACUACUGCCCGUUUUAGAGAAUGGAACUACAGUUGCUGCUCCUCCAGCCAUGCCAAUACCAAUGGCAGUGCCAGAGCCAACACCAGCACCAUUUAUUGCAGCUGUAACGCCAGCGCCCGUACCCGUACCCAAACUUCAGAGCCCAGUGCCCGUACCCAACUUUCAGAGUCCAGUGCCCGUACCCAACUUUCAGAGCCCAGUUCCCGUACCCAACUUUCAGAGUCCAGUGCCCGUACCCAACUUUCAGAGUCCAGUGCCCUUACCCAACUUUCAGAGCCCAGUUCCCGUACCCAACUUUCAGAGUCCAGUUCCCGUACCCAACCUUCAGGGCCCAGUGCCCCUCGCUGCUGUCGCACAGCUCCUACAAGGCACAGGGGGUGUAGAGUUACAGCAGCUUCUCCAAAGUCUUCAGCAGGCCGGAGGGGCGGGGCUUCCUCAGUCCACGGCCCCGCCCAUUGAGCAGAAACCAUCAUUAGCUAAGUCUCUGCUGGAUCGAUUUGAUUACGAUGAUGAACCUGAACCUGAACCUGUAGUGGAAAAGCCUGAACCAGCUCCUAGUGCUCCCAUUACCAUAAACCUCCCUCCAGAAUUACAGCAAGCCCUGCAAGCUCAUCUUCUAAGUCAAAUCGUUAACCAGACACAGAUGCAGGGACAGAUGGUGUCCCAGGGUCCAGUGCCGUCCCAGGGUCCAGUGCCGUCCCAGGGUCAAGUGCCGUCCCAGGGUCAAGUGCCGUCCCAGGGUCCAGUGCCGUCCCUGGGUCAAGUGCCGUCCCAGGGUCAGAUGGCACCUCAGGAGUUCCCAUCGAUGGUUCAGACCCAGAUACCAGAAAACCCUCCUCAAACCUUUGAUGAGAACAUCAUACAGCAAAGUACAACCCAGCAGCCACAGGAUUCAGCUGAGACAGAACGCUCGGUGCAUGAUGGGAGAGAUCGAAGACACGGCAGACGAACUGGAUCAAGGUCUCCACGGAGGCGAUCGUCUUCACACUCACGCAGAUCGCGGUCCGGUUCCCGUUCCCGCAGAGAACGCUCGAGGUAUCAUCGCACGCGCUCCCGAUCCAGAGAACGUCGAGGACGUUCUCCAAGGCCACGCUCGGAGGAGAGGAGAGACCGGGAGAAAGAGCGAGAGCGGAGACAGAAAGGAUUUCCGCCCAUCAAGAAGGAAACUCUCAGCGUCUGCAGUACUACAUUAUGGAUCGGACAGCUGGACAAAAAGACUCAACAGCAGGACAUCAUGAGUCUGAUGGAGGAGUUCGGACAGAUCGAGUCCAUCAAUAUGAUUCCUCCCAGAGGUUGUGCCUACAUCGUAAUGGUGCACAGACAGGAUGCCCACACAGCCCUGAACAAACUCAGCAGAGGGGCUGUUAAAGUCAACCAGAAAUCCAUUAAGAUCGCAUGGGCAUUGAAUAAGGGCAUAAAGUCGGACCUGAAGAAGUACUGGGACGUGGAGCGGGGCGUCACUUAUGUCCCCUGGGAAAAAGUCAAACCCGACGGUCUCCUGAAUCUUCAAGAAGGAGGCAUGCUUGACUCUGAAACACUCAAAUCAGAGUGGAGAAGUGCUGUGUCCAAACUGGUUGUGCCAGUAAGAGAAGGACCUGAAGGAAAGCAGGAAGAUGGAGCUGCACUACCAGCGGUAUCACAGAGUCCUUCGGUUCAGCCGGUUGCCACAGUGAAUGUCGUCCCAGGACCCCUUCCUAACAUGAGUUUACCAUCUCCAGCCAUGAUCGCAGGAGCUUCCCCGCCAUCUUUCUCUCCUCUUGGAUUCAAACCGAUACAGAUGCCUACAGGGUUUCCUCCUGUCAUCCCGGUGGCCUCUAUGAACCCCGCAGGUCCUCCUCCGUCCAUCACAGAAAGCCCAACCAAAGAACCUUCAGAAGACGCUCUCGAGGGUCCCAGGAGUCACAUAGACCCGACGGGAGCUCAAGCGCUCAGCCCGCCACGUCUCACGGGGAUCCUGGGGCCCAGACCGGGACCACUACCGCCACGACCCCCUGUGGGGCUCCGCCCACCAUUCAUGACCCGUUUCUCCAAUAACGGUUCUCAUCCCAUCCGACCCCCUCAAAAUAUGCCCCCUCAAAAUAUGCCUCCUCAAAAUAUGCCCCCUCAAAUGAUGCCCCCCAGGGGCCCCAACCCAAUGUUUGGUGAACCCCCUGUGGGCCGUUUCCGGAUGCCCAUGAUGGGCCCUCCAAGACACGAUUUCCCCCCAAGACAUGAUCACCCCCCUCACAGGCCCCCCAUGGGUCCUAGAGGAGAGGAACCGCACUGGCCGGACAGAUUUGGAAACGAGCCGCCAUUUCAUCGGGGUGGGUGGGGGAGGGGCGGCCCUCGUGGAAGAAGUCGCUUCGGGAACUGAGUUGGGUGCUUUUUUUAUUAGGGGCCAAUGGCUUCAUCUCCCAACGGACUGCGGAAAACGGGACUCUGCGUCCUGUUGACUGGAACGGGAAUACGGAGAACAGACACUGUUUCUAAAGUUCACGUCUCCGAAUACCAGUGAUGGUGCUCACCUUUCUACACGUCGUAAUAUCCGUUUGAAUAGGCGAGACAGAACCAGAGAUCACAUAUUAUGAAAUAUAAUCCCGUUUGCACUUUGUCGCUCCAUGUAAAAUCAAAGACUCACUACCAUAGACUAACAUUAGAGGUCUAGUUUGAAGCGUUUCAUGUAAAUAGUCUGGUUUUGCACACUUCGCGAUCGUUGUAUAUGAAGAAACCAUCUCUGAAAAAUGUUCAGCCUAGCUUCCGUUGUGUAUAUUUGGAGGACAUAUUUAGUUAAAAGCUUUUGUAGCCUUUCAGCAAGGAAGAAUAGUGUAAGUACUGUGUUGUGUAAUCAUUAGUGCUGUAGGUCAGCGGUGGAGCAUCAUCUUUGGCGGUUUAAUUUUACGAAGCUAUUUUUUUACCAAUCGUUCAUGAUUUCUUUUCCUGUCUUAAUGGUUUAUAUUAACAUGCUAAAAGGAACACGAGUAAAAGUUGUGGUUAUGUAAACUGA